AUGCCGCUCUCGCCGGAGAAGGGCAGCAGCGCGACGAACAUCAUGCCCGCGGACUGGGCCAAGGACGUGCAGGCGCUCGUGCGCCGGCACAAGUACAACUUCGACGCCGCCGCGAAGGAGGUCGGCGCGACGGCCAAGGAGCUGCGCAUGGAGCUCGCGCGCCAGGAGUUCGGCGACGAGGCCGGGGCGCCGAAGCCCAAGGCGCCGGCCCAGCCCGUCGUCCGCGCCGUGAAGAAGCCCGCGGCCGCCGCCGCGGCGGCGGACGACGACGACGACGACGCGGGCCUGAAGGUGCUCGACGUCGCCGCGAUGCGCGCGCGCCACGGCCUCGUGCCCCGGGCGCCGCCGCCGAAAGCGGCGGCGCCCGUCGACGCGCCGGCGACGCCGGCGGCGCCCGCGUCCUGGGACCCCGACGCCUUCUUCGAGGCGCAGCGGCUCAGGGACCUGGAGAACUUUGCGAAGAAGGAGGCGAUCUUCGACCGCGUGCUCGCGUCCCUCGGCGGCGGCGACGGCGACGCGUCGUCGUCCGUGCCGUCGGACGUGCUCGAGGCCUUCGAGAAGCAGCGCGCGGAGGAGCGCGAGCGCCUCGAGCGCCUCGACGCGAAGAAGAAGGAGCGCGACGAGCUGCGCGAGCUCGCCGCGCAGCGCGAGGCGCUCCGCCGCCGCUUCGACGAGGACAGCCCGGACGCCGAGGGCGUCGACCAGCGCGUCGACCCCCUCCGGGACCUCGCCCCCGCCGCGCCGGCGCCGCAGCGCUUCGUGAGCCGCGAGUCGAAGCGCGUCGAGGCCGAGGAGCUGUCCAAGGCCGCCGCGGCGAUGAUGCCCGCCGACGGCGCGUCGUGCACCUACGACCCCGCGGGCCUGGACAAGAUCCUCGACAUGAUCGAGGCGGAGCACGAGGAGGACGGCGUCGUCGGCGUGAGCGACGAGCUCGCGGACCUCUUCGCGCUCAUGGACGCGGCGCCGAAGCAGCCCAUGCACAAGGUCCGCAAGGCCCCCGCGGUCGAGCCGCCGCUGCCGUCGCCGCCGCCCAGGGCCAAGGGGCCCGUCGACGCCUCGAACCGCUUCGCCGCGCUCGCGCCGCCGUCGCCGCCCAAGGCCGCGUCGAAGCCCGCGGCGCCUCCCGCGGCGCGCGGCGCGGCGCGCGGCACGCGCGGCGAGGUCUACGCGCAGCGCGAUGAUUCGGAGAGCGACGACGACGACGACGACUGGCGGUCGGCGCGGAAGGGGUGGAAGGGGGGUCGGUGA